CAUUGCACACSGGGCGCCGCCCACAUCUGCAGACGAACAAUACGAUCAGCACCUUCGMCUGUUAAGUUAGCAUUAGAUUUGUUCUUUUUUUUUCUWGGCCAAAUUAGCUUUAAAAUGUCAGUUAUUGCGGACAAGGAACAAGUUCGAAGCGAGUACGAGAAUGUGCGAAAUGACAGCUCGGAUAAGAAUUGGGCAGCGUUUGGUUACUCUGGUAAACAAAUAGUUUUCAUAGCUUCGGGUGCAGACUACAACCAAUUUUUGGGGCAUUGUGCUGAUGACAAACGGGUGUAUGGAUAUGUACGGUUUGAGACUGGUGACGAGAUGAGUAAGCAAGCAAAGUUUGCGUUUAUAACAUGGAUAGGCCCUGGUGUGUCACCGCUCAAGAAAGCUAAAGUUAGCACUGACAAGGCGUUUGUCAAGRAAAUACUUUCGGAUUUUGGAAAAGAAAUUUUAGCCGAUGAUAAAAGUGAAUUGAAGUACGAAAAAAUUCUAAAGAUCCUUGAGGCAGCUAGCGGUGCCGCGUAUGGGACUGGCAAGUAACAACACAGGGAUCCCAACAAAACAGUCUGAUUUGCACGUAAUAGAUAGAAUAAUGUAAUAAUAAUGAUAAUGAUAAUAAUAAUAAUAGUAAUAAUAAUAAUAAUAAUAAUAAUAAUAAUAAUAAUAAUAAUAAUAAUAAUAAUAAUAAUAAUAAUAAUAAUAAUAUGUACCCUUCGAAGGUUACAUAUAUAUAAUUCUAUAGCGCUUAUUAAGCUUUCUCUAAGCGCUUUAAAUAACGGUAAAAAUUAAUCUAAAAGUGCCGAGUAUCUGUAACAUUGGAAUUUGCWCUGGACAAGUUUUGAAAAGUUAAACCAAAUAAAGCUUUUUUCAAUUGUG